UUAUGAAACAAGCUUUCAUAGAGAGUAUGGAAGAAAGGAAGAAGUUGACGAAUGAAAUAUGUCAGCAAUUUCGGGUUAUACGCAAUGGUCUUCACUCUAGAAAACAAGUAACAGGUGAUGAAUCCACUCAUGGAGUCUUGGUUGUCAAUCCUCAUCAGAACAGAGGAAGAGGAGGAGGAACUGGUCUUGGUCUGUCUCAGGUAUUACACCAGCAAUCCAAUCCAUCAAUUGUCUUCAGAGACCUAAGAGCUACAAUGGAAGCAUUUGAGGAACCUGCUGAUACAUAUGAUUUCUCAAAUAGAUGAUUAUUUGUUCUAGUAAACAUUGUGUCAGUGUGUGCAACCACAGCAUGCAUCUCUUUUCUUCUACAAAUUU